AUGGCAGCCAACCAGUCGGCCAGCCAGCCAGCAUGGCAGCCAACCAGUCGGCCAGCCAGCCAGCAUGGCAGCCAACCAGUCGGCCAGCCAGCCAGCAUGGCAGCCAACCAGUCGGCCAGCCAGCCAGCAUGGCAGCCAACCAGUCGGCCAGCCAGCCAGCAUGGCAGCCAACCAGUCGGCCAGCCAGCCAGCCAGUCGGCCAGCCAGCCAGCAUGGCAGCCAACCAGUCGGCCAGCCAGCCAGCAUGGCAGCCAACCAGUCGGCCAGCCAGCCAGCAUGGCAGCCAACCAGUCGGCCAGCCAGCCAGCAUGGCAGCCAACCAGUCGGCCAGCCAGCCAGCAUGGCAGCCAACCAGUCGGCCAGCCAGCCAGCAUGGCAGCCAACCAGUCGGCCAGCCAGCCAGCAUGGCAGCCAACCAGUCGGCCAGCCAGCCAGCAUGGCAGCCAACCAGUCGGCCAGCCAGCCAGCAUGGCAGCCAACCAGUCGGCCAGCCAGCCAGCAUGGCAGCCAACCAGUCGGCCAGCCAGCCAGCAUGGCAGCCAACCAGUCGGCCAGCCAGCCAGCAUGGCAGCCAACCAGUCGGCCAGCCAGCCAGCAUGGCAGCCAACCAGUCGGCCAGCCAGCCAGCAUGGCAGCCAACCAGUCGGCCAGCCAGCCAGCAUGGCAGCCAACCAGUCGGCCAGCCAGCCAGCAUGGCAGCCAACCAGUCGGCCAGCCAGCCAGCAUGGCAGCCAACCAGUCGGCCAGCCAGCCAGCAUGGCAGCCAACCAGUCGGCCAGCCAGCCAGCAUGGCAGCCAACCAGUCGGCCAGCCAGCCAGCAUGGCAGCCAACCAGUCGGCCAGCCAGCCAGCAUGGCAGCCAACCAGUCGGCCAGCCAGCCAGCAUGGCAGCCAACCAGUCGGCCAGCCAGCCAGCAUGGCAGCCAACCAGUCGGCCAGCCAGCCAGCAUGGCAGCCAACCAGUCGGCCAGCCAGCCAGCAUGGCAGCCAACCAGUCGGCCAGCCAGCCAGCAUGGCAGCCAACCAGUCGGCCAGCCAGCCAGCAUGGCAGCCAACCAGUCGGCCAGCCAACCAGUCGGCCAGCCAGCCAGCAUGGCAGCCAACCAGUCGGCCAGCCAGCCAGCAUGGCAGCCAACCAGUCGGCCAGCCAGCCAGCAUGGCAGCCAACCAGUCGGCCAGCCAGCCAGCAUGGCAGCCAACCAGUCGGCCAGCCAGCCAGCAUGGCAGCCAACCAGUCGGCCAGCCAGCCAGCAUGGCAGCCAACCAGUCGGCCAGCCAGCCAGCAUGGCAGCCAACCAGUCGGCCAGCCAGCCAGCAUGGCAGCCAACCAGUCGGCCAGCCAGCCAGCAUGGCAGCCAACCAGUCGGCCAGCCAGCCAGCAUGGCAGCCAACCAGUCGGCCAGCCAGCCAGCAUGGCAGCCAACCAGUCGGCCAGCCAGCCAGCAUGGCAGCCAACCAGUCGGCCAGCCAGCCAGCAUGGCAGCCAACCAAUGUGUGGAGGGAAGCGUGCGUGGACCUGUGCCGUACUGCGGGGAGGCGGAUAACACAUUCCUUGCUUAA